AUGGCCUUCUCCUCCACCACACGAGCGAUCGUUCAAGGCCCAUUCGCCAAUUCGCUCCUCACCACAACCACCCGAAUCUCCCAUCUGGAGGCAAGGAAGUACAGCAGUAUGGCACCGACACCGAUCUUGCUCGCUCCGGAGCGUGCUCGAGCUUCUGGCAUCAUCCUAGCCGACCAUGAAUCAGCUUUUCGCGAGAACUCGGCCACGAUCGUAAUGCCUUCCGCUGAAGCUGCCUUCCUUAACCCCGUGCAAGAGUUCAACCGUGAUCUCUCGACGCUCGCGAUCCGCACUUGGAGCGAGAGACUGGAUGCUGAGAAGAAAGCAAGAAUUGUUCGAGCAGCACAACGCAAGACUGCAACGGCGGGGAAGGGCAAGUCGAAACGGAAGGGGGAAUUGGCUGCGAAUGGAUGCACCAGUGCAGAGAAGCCUGCUGUAGGGGAGGGACAACCUGAUGCUAAGAAGGCACGUGUUGAUGAGAAUGGUGCCAGCGCUUCGGGCUCCGCUGCUACUGUUGCCGGGGAAAGGGCACAAGUGGAAGCGAUCCUGAGUGCAGUUGUGCCGGCAACAUCUGCCGAAGAGGAAUGUCGAAGCUACAAAUUCACUCUGUUGGAAGCGCUAAGUGCAACGGGACUUCGAAGUAUUCGAUACGCUAAAGAGAUUCCCUUGCUGCGAUGGGUGCUGGCGAAUGAUCUUUCACCCACUGCUGUGGAGGCGAUGAAGCGGAAUGUUGCACUCAACUUCCCACCUGAUCGUCCAGUGGAUGAAUGGAUCGUCUCUGAACUGAACGGAAACAAAGCCGGGAGCGAGGCGGAAGAGAGUGAAGACAGCGAGGCUAUGGACGAAGAUGCUCUUGCGGAGAGGGAGGACGAAGCACGUGCACGAGCACAAGCACAAGCACAAGCACAAGCACAAGCACAAGCACAAGCACAAGCACAAGCACAAGCACAAGCACAAGCACAAGCACAAGCACAAGCUGCUGCUGAAGCAUCCGAGCCCAAUCAUGACACUACCACUGCAACAGAACAAAGCGAGGCAGCAACAACAACAGCACCGUCCUCUGCCGAGCCCGCAAAAAAGCCAGAAGCAUGGACCGCAACUGCAGCAAUCCACCCCGACUGCAAAGUGAAACUCAAUGCCGGCGAUGCCAUCACGCUGAUGUACACGCAUCGCGAACCCAACAAACGAUUCGACGUUGUCGAUCUCGACCCCUACGGCUCCGCGGCUCCCUUCAUCGACGGAGGAGUCCAAUCCGUUGCCGAUGGUGGACUCCUUUGCGUCACUUGCACGGAUCUUGCAGUGCUCGCAGGUCACAACUACCCGGAAAAGUGCUACUCUCAAUACGGAGGUGUAUCGGUCAAAGCCGAAUUCUCACACGAGGUUGCCCUCCGACUUGUGCUGCACACCCUUGCCACUUCAGCUGCACGAUACGGACGAUACAUCCAACCAAUGCUGAGUCUUUCGAUUGAUUUCUACCUUCGCACUUUCGUCCGAGUUUGGACUGGACCGGUGGAAGUUAAGAAGGUUGCAUCUAAGGCUGGUACUGUCUACGUCUGCACUCAUUGUCAAGAUUUUCAUGUGCAAAAGUUCGGUCGGGCUACGCAAACGACCAAGAGAGGCAAGACUGGUCAGACCAACAUCAACUACCGUUACAACUCAGCUCAGGGACCACCCGUAGGCGAAGGAUGCAAUGAGUGCGGGAAUAGGAUGCAUCUCGGUGGACCAAUGUGGUUGGGCGAUUUGCACGAUGCUGAAUUCUGUCAAUCCAUGCUCUCCAACCUGGAUGGCAACCCGUCCGCUUUCCACACCAGUGCCCGGAUCCGAGGUAUGGUGAGUCUAGCAGGACAAGAGCUAUCGGGAACGGAGUCAAUGUUUUACUUUACCCCACCCAAAGCAUCGGGAUUGUUGCACUGCGUUUCUCCACCGUUGGAUAAGAUGGUCAGUGCGUUGAUUUCGGCUGGGUUUAAAGUGAGCAGAUCCCAUGCUGCUGCUGGGUCGUUAAAGACGAAUGCGAAGAGGGCGGAUGUGUUCGAUGUGCUGAGAUAUUGGGUGAAGACGCAGCAUCCGGUAAAGAUGGAGAAUAUGAAAGAGAACGAUCCGGCGAGAGUGCUGUUGGCCAAGGAGCCAAAGAGAGAGUACGAGUUUGAUAACACAAAGUCGGAAGAGGUUUUGAGGGCGUUGGGUGCUCAGGAGAAGUUGGUUAGGUAUCAGAACAAUCCACUGCCGAAUUGGGGGCCGGGAACGGCGGCAAAGGGUCAUAAGGGGAAGAAGAAGAGGAAUUUGCGCCCGGAUGAUUUGUCGAGUGUGUGA